UAACUCCACAAUGAUUUUCUUCUUUUGUUAUAAAUAUGAUGCUAAGUGGUAGCACAAUUAUAUAUGAAAUAUCAUCAAAAACAAAUAAAGUAUACUUCCUUUGCUUGACUUGAAAGUUUUCAAAGUUAUCAAUAUAUAUAUAUAAUAGAGCUAGUCUUUCAAAUUGUGGCAUCAUGAGAAGGUGAGUUUUGGGCAAGAUGGAGAAGCAGGGUACGUGCUUUACUAACUCAUGUAUUAUAGUCUCUAAGAUUAGUUAAAGUCGCGUGUAAUCUUUUAAAAAACUUUUUAACGUAUUUAUACGUAGGUGUGUAGAUUCGAGAUUAAAGUUUGAUGUUUAUCAUCCAAUCCGUUGCAUUGUAGGUUUAGAAUCUAAUAUUUUUAGACAUUUUAGUAAGUAAUAUUGUACAUGUAUAUCAAACUCGUUAAAUGUAUGGUGCGUCUAUAUCUCUCUAUAUACACAAUUUGAUCGAAAGUAAUAUGUUCAAUUAAACUCACAAUACCGUCCUAAAAUCUUAUGCAAUUUGACUUACAGUUCCUAAGAAAUAUGAGAAAAAUUUACCAUGUUAUAAAAAUUACCCUUUUUAAAGAAGAAUACACUUUGUAGACUUUUCGUCAAAUAAAUGAGACUCAAUAUAGAUAAAAUGUUUAUAAUGUCAUUAAACAGUUGUCAAAUUAAAAAAAAACAUAUCGUUCUUGAUUAAACAAAAAUUUAUAUCACAUAAAUUGAGACGAAAAAAUAAUUCUAAUAUAUAUUGUUCCAUGAGUUAAAUGAGUUAGUUCUUCAUGUGCCCAUCUUCCCCAUCGUGACCACUCAACCUUAUUCUCUUUACAAACUCGCUCUUCUCCAUAUUUACAAGAUGUGGGAAUUCUCUGUUGGUUUGUAUAUGAUCAACGUCUGGCCAGACUCGUUACUCCUAACAGCUGCUUAUGGUGUGGUAGAGUCUGCUUCAACGGCAUUGUUUGGUCCUCUUGUUGGACAGUGGGUGGAUAGGUUAACAUAUGUGAAGGUUCUCCAACUCUGGCUGCUAAGCCAAAAUAUCUCAUUUAUUGUUGCUGGAGGUGCAGUAAUUGCUCUUUUAGUCCGUGCAGACUUGAUAUUGGUCAAUCUUACGGCAUUUAUCUCACUUGUAAGUUUAAUUUAUAUAUCCGGAGCUGUUGGUGUGCUUUCAUCUCUAGCUGGAACCAUUUUGAUCGAAAGAGAAUGGGUAGUCGUAAUAUCAGAAGGGCAUCCUCCUGGGCUGUUAACAAAGAUGAAUUCAAUCAUAAGACGAAUAGAUUUGAUUUGCAAGCUAUUCGCUCCGGUGGUAACUGGCUUCAUUAUCAGCUUUGUUUCUCUAACUGCAUCAGCCAUGACUCUAGCUCUUUGGAACGUUAUAUCCGUUUGCUUAGAAUACUGGCUUCUUACAUCAGCAUACAAUGGGAUUCCAGCUCUAAGUGAAAGCAGCCUAAGGAGGGUCUCAAGAUCUUUACCAGAGCAUUCGGAUUUAAGCCCUUCUAUUUCUCAUGAACAGAAAAGCUCACUUCACUCAGAUGGAAUUGGAUUGGAGCAAUCUGAAAAUCUCUGGAGGAAAAUAGUCGGUUCAAUCUCAAGACUACCUUGCCUUUCUGCAUGGAAAGUGUAUUUGCAGCAAGAUGUAGUCCUCCCAGGGCUAGCCCUUGCCUUACUUUUUUUCACCGUACUCAGCUUUGGAACGUUGAUGACUGCUACGCUUGAAUGGGAAGGAAUUCCUGCAUAUGUCAUUGGAAUUGCGCGUGGAGUAAGCGCAACAAUAGGGAUAGCUGCGACAUUUCUCUACCCAAUAUUAGAAUCACACAUUUCAACACUUCGAACAGGCCUUUGGUCAAUCUGGUCACAGUGGACUUUCCUGUUGAUAUGUGUAGCUUCGAUAUGGGUCCAUAAGAAAUUUCUAUCAGCAUUUAUGCUUAUGGCUGGUGUGGCUGCAUCGCGUUUGGGCUUGUGGAUGUUUGACUUAGCAGUCAUUCAGCAAAUGCAGGAUCAUGUCCCUGAAAGUGAUCGCUGUGUGGUAGGAGGAGUUCAAAACUCACUACAGUCUGUCCUGGAAUUGAUGACUUAUCUCUCGGGCAUAAUCAUAUCUAAUCCUCAGGAUUUCUGGAAGUUGAUUCUUUUAUCUUUCCUUUUAGUGACACUGGCCUCGACGUUAUACAGUAUACAUGUUUAUCGGGUUAGGAAGCACCUAUUUCACUUUGAGAAGUUCAAUUGUUUAGUAAGAUCAACUUAGACUCUGCAACGAUGAGCACGAAAAACAGAACCACAAGCAUGUUUCCUUUUUAUGAAACUUAUGGUCGAACAACAAUGCCACGAGGUUUGGUCCUUCCCUCUUCGAGUUUUCUUUACGUGUAACUUAUGUGCAUCUUGUAAAAUACAUUUUAGUAGAAAGCUCCAUGACACAACUUGUAUUCAGCACAGAUUGCCUCAAAGGCUAUUGUCAAUGUGAGCCUUCUGUACACCAUAAAUGUUAAUUGUUGCAACUGCUUUUAAGGCAAUGCAAGAUAAAUUUUAUAUUUGAAAAGUUAUUACCAAGAUUGCUACUAUUUAA